AUGUCCCUGGAAGCGGCGCUCGACGAAGAACGGCGAGAGAUCCUCGAUAUUCUAGAAGGCCGCAGGCAUGCGCACCAGCCGGCUCCCCGUCCUGGGCGCCAGGCCAGCCCCGCGCCUCCCGUUCGCAGCAUGCUCGACAUUGCUCCCGAUCCUGGGGCCCAACGCCAUGGCUCGAUUGCUGGAAUCGGCGUGGGUGUAACACAGCCUCCCAAUCGAACCACAGCCAAGCCCGGCGCUGGUGUGCGGAGCAUGCUGGAGCCAUUGGCGCCCUCUCCUCUACGAUUGACGCAGAGCGCGACCUCCUCGCCCACCACCGACUCUGCACCCUCCCACGAGCCAGCGGACAACCAUCGCCGCUCGUCGGAUUCAUCCGCCAAGGGCCUGCCGGAGAUCAAGAAGAGGCAAGGAGUGGAUCCACAGCAAGAUUACCAGUUUGAGAUGCUUCCCAGCAUCCCAAGUCAUGCGCUCCCGAAACGUGUCACGCAGGGUGGGAAGCUAGGACAUCAUAACAAUGCGAUGCAGACCAAUUCUAUGGCUGCUGUAAUGUCUGGGGGGGACAUCCAUGCGCCAUAUCCAGCUUUGCCUCGUGGACGACAGACGGGAAGACACCCUUCCUUACCAGGGAAGUCGAAAUCUCCGCCUUCGCGACUAGGACGGUCCCAAUCACCGGGCGGCAAACUACUCAACAACAAUUCGUUGAAUUUGAUGACUACUCCGGGAAAAUUCGUUACUGAUUCCGGCAAGGUUAUCAAUAUGGAUCAUGCGUAUAGAAGAUUGUCAGCUGCUGCGCUCUCAAGAUCGGGCGGGAGCCUGGCUAGCUAUCCCGGAAAGCCAACGGGCAAACACGAUGAUGUUGAUGGAGCUGCUGAUGGAGAUGCGCGCCUACAGAAAGAUUAUUACUUUGACACACCGGAAGGUGGAUUUAGCGAAGAUUACACCAGCGAAGAUGAUGUUGACGAUACUAGUUCUGGGGAAGACGCCUGGAAAUCUGAAAUCCACCGGGGACGAAGACGAAUCAGGAAAAAAUCCGACAUUGAGACUGGAGAAAGUGGCAGCAAAGGCGGCGAGCCUAGGAAGGUUCAAAGCUUACUGGCUGCUGUCAAGUCCUUGCUUGAACCCGUCGCACCGCGCACAGCGAAAGCAGCGGCAGAGAAACCUCUCAACAGAAAGACGGGAGUGCAUCCGAACACCAGCUUUGAUGUCACUGCAUCUGCAGGCAAUACACCGGUGGGCUCUGAAGAUGAAAAUGAAUUCUCCGACAUCAAACAGGCGCAGAACCUCGGCAUCUACAUGUCAGUUGUGGACCAGACAGUGCCGAAUCGAGUGAUUCGCACGAUCAUCCGCGGAGACUUUACGAAAAUGCAAGAAGAGGGUGAUCAUGGACAUCGCCGGUUACGAAAGUACCUGGUUGCUACCGAUCUGAGCGAGGAAUCUACCUACGCGCUCGAAUGGACGAUUGGCACGAUUCUGCGGGACGGAGAUACCAUGUACGCGGUUUACGCUAUUGAGGAAGAAUCGGGAUCGGGCAAGUCCAGCGGCGAUGGGGACAGCAUCUCGUCACAGCACAUCAACGACGGCGCCAAAGCGAUGUUGGAUAUUACAGCGACUGUCGGGUCCCAGACCGAAAAGACUUUGGGUGAUUCGAAUCGAGCGUCGGAUCGAGCAUCUGCCUAUCCGUCGCCUCGCGGGUCUGCCAUUCAAUUAAUGUCCGAUAGCAAGACCGGCUCAAUUGAUUCCCGCAGUACCUCCAAAACGGAAGCGGAUAGGCUCCGCGCCAUUGAGCUCCUCUCGCAGACUGUGAUGAGGCUGUUGCGGAAGACGAGACUGCAGGUCCGGGUUGCGAUUGAGAUUAUUCAUUGCAAAAGCCCCAAACAUCUGAUAACAGAAGCAAUCGACGCUCUCGAGCCUACCUUGGUUGUUCUAGGCUCUCGCGGGCGCAGCGCUCUCAAGGGAGUCCUUCUCGGCUCGUUUUCUAAUUACAUUGUCACCAAGUCGUCCGUUCCCGUGAUGGUUGCGCGGAAGAAGCUCCGCAAGCACGCAAAGUAUCAGAACACACACGUACGAUUAUCGAAUAAUCUCACUACUCCGAAAAAACUUGCUUUUGCGAAAGUCGAUUGA